AUGAGCAUUUCUCCAGUUCCAGAUCUUCUGCGCACCAAUUCGAUUCCAUCCCCGGCUCAAAUUGAGCUUAUCAACGCCUUCAUUUCCCUCUCAGAGCCGGAACUUGGAACAUUGGAGACGGAGUUUAUUCGCAUCCAGACUUCGCUUGCGGCGGCCAAGACGCGACUUGAGAAACAAAAGCAGCUUGUGGAAGACCAUCGGGUGCUCCUUUCGCCAAUGCGGAGAGUCCCGGAUGAUGUCCUCCGCGCUAUCUUCCUUGCGACGCUUCCCGCGCAUCGAGAUACUGCAAUUGUGCCUGAGGAAGGGCCGCUUUUGCUUGCCCAAGUUUGUCGACUGUGGCGGGACAUUGCUCUUACAACACCCCGUCUUUGGGCAUCCAUUCAUCUUGCAAUUCCGAGAGACGAGUCGCGGGCAGAGGACCUCGUUGGAAUUCUGACUACUUGGCUUCAACGGUCCGCUGCUGCCCCACUAUCACUCACAGUGACCUUGGCACACGCUUCCAUGUCUCCGCCUCAUCUGGGGCCUGGAUGGAGGCAUACGACACAUGGGGAUGAACUUCUUCGCGUCCUCAGUUCUGAGGCUCACCGCUGGGAAUCCCUGCGCUUGUUAGACAAAAUUGACCUCUCAAAAGUGCCCUUUAUUUCGUCCCUCACGGCAGAGAGUGUGCCAAAGCUGCGCCAUAUUUCCUUCUCAGAGGGAAAUCGCACCUGGUCGCACGUGGGAGAUGUUGAGGCAUCAACAUCCAACCCUCUUCUGCUUCUCGGGACAGAAAGUCUUCUUACUCUCUCUUUGGAUGGAUAUACGCACCUUCUACCCCCAUUCAUUCCUUGGGCCAAGCUCCGCCAUGUGUCGCUUGAUACCCCGUACACAUAUGGCAUAGCGUCGUCUGUCACCUUUCCGCUGGCCAUUCUCGAGAUGUGCUCGGCGCUGGAGGCCUUUGCGUUUUCGUCCGGACAUGCCGAAACGGUGAUUUUGCCGCCAAUCCCAACGACACUUUCCUUUCCUCGGCUGAUAGCCCUCGCCAUCGAAAGUUUCACCCCCGCGAAUUGGACAGAUCUCCUACAGCGUGCCCAUUUCCCCCGCCUCCAUGCGCUGGGAGUCUUGGGCCUUGCCAACGAUCUCACCUGGCUCGAGCCUAGAGCUAUAACCGCUCUUCACCUCACCGAGAACACACUGAAGACGGACGACCUGGUCAAGGCACUCGCAGCGCUUCCCACACUCGAGGAGCUGUCCAUUGGGGGCGAGCCUUACGACGCAAACCAGAACCAAGAAUCAGACGCAGACUUCAUUGGGCCCAAGCGCGACGCAAAGUUCCUCCAUCAGUUCAUGCUGCCAAUACCCCUCUGCCCGCGCCUCCAACGCUUCCGUCUCUACGUGAUUUCCGCCUGCUCCGACCACACCCUCGUAGACUUCCUCCGCUAUCGCUGCAACCCCACAGACAGCUCAAUGACCGCGCUUGUCUGUGCCGACUUCACCAUCGUACGAAGCAACAUGUACAGCAAAGACUUCUCUGCGCAACUUGCAGCCGAGGUCGCCAACGGCUUGCGACUUUCGGUCACACUGAUCCAGCGAAACAUGCCCACUCCACAGUACAAUCCCAAAUCAGGGCUUCAUAAUGAAAGACCAGAGACAGGGUUUGUCUUCGAAAGAAAUGGUACUGCUAUCCACAUCUGA